AUUCUUGUCAGUAUUAGUUGGUGUCUGUUGUCAUUGCGAAAUUAUGCCCUAUUUGGGGCGCAAAUAAUGCAAAAUGUUAGUGCAUUUAGUGCCCUAGUGUUGUUUGAAAGUUGUGUCAGUAAAGUUCAAGUUCCAAGUACACUGUCUAGCUAAUUUUCCGGGGAUCAAAACUGAGAUUUACAGAAUGUCAUCGACAGUGGCUAGUAAUUUGGUCGGAACCGCGGCGGUUUCCAACCUGACUGCCCCUCAGGUUACGGAAGUGCACUCCCAACCCUCCGAACCGAUAUUCCUGCAGACGACCCUCGCCCAGGGUAUAGCUGGAUUUUUCGUCAGCGCCGCCCUUUUCCUCACCUGUAAACAGAUAUAUCACCACCUUCGUUGGUAUACGAAUCCGGCGGAACAAAGAUGGAUCAUUAGGAUAUUGUUCAUCGUGCCCAUUUACGCGAUUUACUCAUGGUUGAGCCUAUUCUGGUUCAACAAAGAGAGCUACUACGUUUAUUUCUUUACCGUUAGAGAUUGUUAUGAAGCGUUUGUAAUAUACAAUUUCCUGUCGCUGUGCUAUGAAUAUCUGGGCGGUGAGAGCAACAUCAUGUCGGAAAUCAGAGGGAAACCCAUCAAGUCCAAUUGCCUAUACGGAACUUGCUGUUUGAAUGGGAAAACGUACACUAUCGGUUUCCUGCGGUUCUGCAAACAAGCCACACUCCAAUUCUGCUUGGUCAAGCCGGUGAUGGCAUUUGUCAUCAUUUUCCUGCAGGUUUCAGGACAUUACCGGGACGGCGAUUGGAGUCCUGACGGCGGGUACUUGUACAUCACAAUAAUAUACAAUAUAUCUGUGUCUCUUGCCCUGUAUGGACUGUUCCUGUUUUACUUCGCCACACGUGAUCUCCUCACACCCUUCGAGCCCGUGCUGAAGUUCUUCACUGUGAAGUCCGUCAUUUUCUUAUCCUUCUGGCAAGGAGUGGGCCUAGCUAUCCUAGAAAAGGCUGACGUUAUCUCCCCGAUCAUCGACAGCAACGGUACCCGCACUUCCACCGGUACCGUGUCGGCCGGCUACCAAAACUUCUUGAUCUGCAUCGAGAUGUUCUGUGCGGCGGUGGCUUUGCGUUACGCCUUCCCCUAUCGGGUUUACGCCCAGGGUUGUGUGACUGACUCCAACGGCCGGUCCGUCACCAUGCAAAGCAUCUCCAGCAGUCUCAAAGAAACGAUGAACCCCAAGGAUAUUAUGACCGAUGCCAUCCACAAUUUCCAUCCCCAGUAUCAACAGUACACACAGUACAGUUCAGGUGGUAAAAAUGGAAGAGGUAUGAGACUAUCUACUUACGACCCGGAUGAUCCAAUGAGUCCUAGUGGUGGUACUGUGCCCCAGUCGUACAACAGUUUGGACAACCCGUCUAGGCCACCGAUCAGUGUUGGACCACGAGUGUCGACCAUAAAUACUCACAAUUAUACUGAGAAGACUAUGCUCCUUAGUUCCGACGAAGAGAAUUAAAUGUAUCAUAAAUAAAAUUAUAUUUGGAAUAGAUAGAUAGAUAUAUAAUUAUCAAUUUUGAGAUCCUAAUUGAGUGAAGGUAAAUUGCGAAGUUUUAAAUGUUAUAUAGGUUCGACAAGUUUUAUGCAAAAAAUUGGAUUGCUUUGUAAAGAUGCGUUUGCGAGUAUUUUUUCAAAUUUAAGUCAGCAAAAAAUACAUGUUUUGAUGCCAGGACAUGCUACAUAUAUAUUUUUAUAUGGAUAUUUCACAAUUUACCUUACAUAACAUUCCUUUUAUCGUUAAUAUGAAAUAUUUUUGUACUUGUACAUUCAUUAGUAUUAGUCCAAGCGAUUGAAACAAAUUGCUGGACUCGUACAGCAAAUUUUGCAAAACUGACAUUCAGCUCAGUGGUUGCAAAUUCUGUACGAUUAUAAAUGGAUACUUAUAUAUUUUUGCCAACAAUUUCUUUGUUGCAAGCGCAAAUAUAACUAUUCUAAAAUAUUUAUACUUUACUUACGCAGUUUUUUCUAGUAUUAUUAAUUAUUAAAUUUAGAAUAGUUGUAUUAAAACCGAAAGUGUUUAAUCAAGUGGAUCAAAAAUCAAAACAGCUUGGAUUCUUACCUUCUGAUGUUCACUUGAAUAUUUCCUCAUUUUGGAUAUGGCAACCAAAUACUUUAUUCUCUACCUCUGAUGUUGCAUAUAGUCGAAUUAUUCAUUAAUAUUAGUGUGAUAUCAAAAGAUCAUGAAUAUAAUAUAACCAAAUUUGAGGUAUUGUCUGUUGACCAUUUUUCAAUUAUUUUAGUGUAGACGAAUGUGCAAUUUUAAAAAUCAAAACCAAAGUUAUUUAAUUACGUUUAUAAUUACUUUUUUAUUGUAUACAUAUUACUUAUAUUUUGUUAUCUAUUAUUUAUAAUAAAACUUUGUUGUGACAAUA